UGCCUAUUAUCUGAGUGACUCGGGGUUCUGGUGUCUGCCUCCGAGCGUGUGUGUGUGUGUGUGUGUGUGUUUGCCGGUGGGAGAAAAGAGAUAAAGAGAGAGAGAGUAAGGGAGGGAGAGGCAAGCAGCGUUUCUUCUCCCCCCUUUAGCCUCCCCGUCUCCCUGCUCCCUGUCACUCCAUCCUUCCUCCCCUCUCCUGGACCACCCUCCAGCCCUGCUUCGAGCCUGGACCGAGACCCCUCUACCACCCAGACCACCCCGGGACCCUUUGACUCUCCUCACUUCUCCGUCCCACCAAGCAGAACCUCUGAGCAGGAAUUCCUCUCCUCUCCUCCCCCUGGCCGCUGUCUGUCAACAACUCAACUGCACAAUAUCCGCUGAAUCCACUUCCACAAUUUAUUUGACCUUAAUACGCUUCUGCUGGGCAGGCGCAGCAAGGUGCAUCGGCCAGACGUCCCGUCUCCCCAUUCUGUUGGAAGGCUGCCCGCCACAGGUCACAUGACCUGGAAGAAAAAACCUGGGAGACUUUUGGGAUCCCUCUUCGCAUGGGCUGGUUAUCAACCUGAAGGGAAGUCCAAAGGCUGAUGAACUGAUCUGUGUGCAACCAUAUUGCUCUGGUGUCCUGUAUGCCCUGGGAACACAACGGCCACUGCAAAUCUGGUGACUGGCUGGCUGGAAGACCACCCUUCCCCUUCUCCUUCUGAGGACAUCCCAUUCCAGGACGGUGCUUUGGUCUCUCUUCCCCCCAGCAUGGAGCCCACCAAAGUCCAGUCAGAGGGUGGCCUCAAUGUCACCCUUACCAUCCGCCUCCUCAUGCAUGGAAAAGAGGUUGGAAGUAUAAUAGGAAAGAAAGGGGAAACGGUAAAAAAGAUGCGAGAAGAGAGUGGAGCACGGAUCAAUAUUUCUGAGGGCAACUGUCCAGAGAGGAUCGUCACCAUCACUGGACCAACAGACACCAUCUUCAAGGCUUUUGCUAUGAUUGCCUACAAAUUUGAAGAGGACAUAAUCAAUUCCAUGAGCAACAGCCCAGCAACCAGCAAGCCCCCUGUCACCUUAAGGCUUGUAGUGCCAGCCAGCCAGUGUGGCUCCCUCAUAGGCAAAGGAGGCUCCAAAAUAAAAGAAAUGAGAGAGUCCACAGGGGCCCAGGUUCAGGUGGCAGGGGACAUGCUGCCCAACUCCACAGAACGUGCAGUUACAAUCUCUGGAACCCCAGAAGCCAUCAUCCAGUGUGUCAAACAAAUCUGUGUGGUCAUGCUAGAGUCUCCACCAAAAGGUGCCACCAUCCCUUAUCGCCCAAAGCCCGCCUCCACGCCGGUCAUUUUUUCUGGUGGCCAGGCCUACACAAUUCAGGGACAGUAUGCCAUACCACACCCAGAUCAGUUGACCAAGCUCCACCAGUUGGCUAUGCAGCAAACCCCCUUUACCCCUCUCGGACAGACCACCCCUGCUUUCCCUGGUUUGGAUGCCAGUCCACCAGCCAGCACCCAUGAACUCACCAUUCCUAAUGAUCUAAUAGGCUGCAUCAUUGGACGCCAGGGAACCAAAAUAAAUGAGAUUCGACAGAUGUCUGGAGCGCAGAUCAAAAUUGCGAACGCCAUGGAGGGCUCGUCAGAGCGCCAGAUCACCAUCACAGGGACUCCUGCUAACAUCAGCCUGGCCCAGUAUCUCAUCAAUGCCAGGCUGACGUCUGAAGUCACUGGAAUGGGCACACUCUAGUUUCUACCCAUCUUCCCUCAGUGCAUCACAUGACCUUUGAGCGAAUGGCAUUACACCUAGUACAUAUUUAUUUCUCUGUAUUUGACUGUCCUGAUAUUUAAGUGACUUUCACUUUUAUGAUUUCUAGUAUUCACUGUAAACAUGCGUAUCGGCACUGUUACUAGGAUUCCUCACACCUAUCUGAAACUCAGUUGGUUCUGUUUCUGAAAGAUCACUUUACUUUUUUGACACUCUAGUACCUUUCAUGGCAUCUCACGCACCCCACCACUUUGUUUUAACACUGUGUCCCAAAAAAAUUACGUUCCCAUACAACAAAACUGUCUUCUCAAUUACCUUUCGCAGGAAACGUAUUUUCCAGCCUGGUGGGAGAAGUUAGCCUUUGGCACUUUCUGACCGCCACACAAAACGGUCACUGUUUUAAACAUAAGUUAUGCACGAGACGAAGGUUAAGUAUGUUAUGUAACCAAGUCAACAUUGACAUUCGGUUUCACACGGGACACGAACAGCGGUUUCCUCUGUGAAAGUCCUGUGUUGGCUUGACCCAUCCAUCCACCAUUUGUUGGCUUUGAUUAGAGACGUACUGCAUUUGUGAUAGGUCAAAGACAAACGUAAUGGGGGGAAAAUAUGUUUCCCUCAAAACAUAACAGAGAAUGCAGGUUCGUUGUAUGGGAAUGCCAUUUUUAGGAGACAGGGUUGCUUGGUUUUACCUCGUUUUAACACACAUCACUGUACUUGUCUUUCUUGCAUUGCAGGCACUUGAGAGUAAAUGCAAAGUAAACCUAAAAAGUCAGAUAUUCUAUUCAGUUUAUUUUACACUGAUUUCAUGACUGAUGAAAUCAGUGCUUUACUGUAGACAUGUGCCUGCUUGUCUUAGCGUUGUAUGCACAUUAUAGAUUGGUCUGCAUGACACACAAAACCUACAGCAUUUCCAAUUUAUUUCAAAGUCACACAGGUAAAAAGGUAGAUUGAGUAGUGAAAGGGAAUGGAGCAAGCCUUGAACAUUCACGUCUAUUUGUUAUCUCAAUGUGUCACUCCGACUCAAAUUUAAAAUGGGUACUAGCCAAAAAAAACAUCCACCUUAAUGGACAAAUUUUCAUCUUUCUGAAUUUCAUGUGCGACCUGACAAAAAGGUUGGGUGAAAAAAAUGAAAAUAAUCCAAGUAAAUGACUGCAGUGAAGAGUGAAAUCCAAAUGCAUGCUACAAAUAAACAUCACUUUAAUGCCCCUAUACUUCACAAACAUAAUAUAGCCUAAAGUUAUCAUGUUAUUCAAACUGACAUCUCAUAACAACUGUGUAUAAGAGUCAUGGGCCAUAUAGAAAGGUCUCAGGAUUGUCUAGUGUAUAUUGUAUAUUUGCACUCACAUGUAGCUCAUUUAAGGUUUCAGUGCAGGCCAAAAGGGCUGUUUUUCAGACACCUGUUUGGUAGGCAUCAAGCUGUUCCAGAUACGGAAAAUGUAAUGUGUUUCUGUUUAGCAUGUAUGAAAGAAACUGUUGAUGUCAAUCAUCCUGUUGUUGGUUUCGCAGGUUAUGUCAUUCAAUCAGGCUACAUAUAUGUACAAGGCUUACAUAUACAUUUAUGUAUGAGUCUCUGCAGUUGCCAUUGAAUAGAGCAUCUCCUUGGUUACAUCACGUUGGACAUCUGUUUAGCUGUUAGCUUGUCUUAAUCAAAUGCACAGACACCUGUUCAAACACAGAACUGUUCAAGCUAAAAGCUGAAUGUAUUUCAAAAUGGGUUUGAACUGCUAUCAAUUACAUGUCAUACUCGAUUAUAACACCUUUAAGGGUGUCUUUUUAAACAGGCACUUGAAUUAGUACAGUAGAACAUGAUGCAGAAUGAUGACUAUACUGCAGUAGAGUAGAAAUGCUUAUUUAUCAAAACGUUUGGAAUUUCCUUAAGUUGGGCAGGUUACUCUGAAAAUGAGGUCUGUUACAGAUGACUUAUUUCAAAUUUUAAUCUACAAUUUAUCACACUAGAUAUAUACAAUGUUAUGAAAUCUGAUUAUUUUCUAAAUUAUUAUGUUAGAUAUAGACCAAUACUUUUCUGUAUGUUCUGCAAACAUAUGAAAGGAUGGCCUUACUACUAUCUGUAGCUCUCAUUUCAAAAUGUAGGCUAUAAGAUAAAAAAAAAAUCCAUCUAUCACUUCACAGUCAAACGUGACCAGGGCCUGAAAUUAACACCCGACCACGCACAAAAUAGAGGUGAAUUCUGCCAUUGGCGGGUGAAACUGUCAAUCUACCUGCAUGUCGGUGGGUAGCCAAUGAGAACUAAAAGAUUCAUUCAUUUAUUUUUUUGCAACAGUUGUUCUUUCACAUUUUAACCCAAGUCCGCAAUUUCCUUGGAUUUGAGCUAAAAAAUGUGGCGGCACAUUACUGUGGUGAAGAGACGGCAGCACUUAAAUGUGUAUUCUUAACAAAUUCAAGAACGUUGCUUGUACAUUUCCUGUAUUUCAACUUUAUGAGGCCAAAUAAAUUGGCUGGUAAAAAGCCUGUGUGGCUAGAAGAUUUUAAAAUCCACCUGCCACAGUGGCUGGUGGACAAAAAAAGUUAACUUCAGGCCCUGAACAUGACACUCCCACAAGUAAUAUGAUGUUUAUCUGAUGGCUGCGUGUUACUGAUUGCAGGUAGCUACUAUUUUUUAAUCCACCUUAUCAUAAUACAUUUACACAUUUUACUCCCAAAGCACAGAUUUGCAUCACUCCAAUGAUAACUAUAGAAAUGAUGUUUGGGGAAUAUUCUUUCAUCAUAGCUGUUUAGGCUCAGGUACUUUGCUUUUGGUUAGAAUUGAUUAUACAUCCUUUGUUAGUCAGUUAAUACAUUGCUGUCGUCGAAACAAGGCUGCUUUACAUUACAUUUACAUUUCACAUUUACACGUUGCUUCACAUUUACGUUACGAAUGUAAAUCUGUACAUUAGCGCUCAUCUGGCUGCAUCCAGAUGUGUUUCAGAUGACCAAACAGGAACAGCUGGUUGAGGGUGUCAUUUAAAAAUGUUCCAUCAUUUACAGAAUCUGAACAUUAAAGUACUUAAAUAUCUUUUUGCAAAGUGCACAUUAAUGGCUGCUUGUAGGUGUAAAGUGUCUGCUGGUUGGUUGCCAGCCAAGAUGCAGUCAUGCUACUUUACAGUAUGACCGAUGAUUUUCUCAGUUGCCUUUUUAAUCGUCAUAUCUUUCAUAAUCAUGGUUUCGCUCAUGUGCUCAUCAUUCUACGAUGCUGUGUUGGUCAAACACCUCUUCUUGUGUUGCUUUUGUCGUUUUACUGAUACAUUAACACUUUUGUUACCGUGCUAGAGCAGCAAAAAAUUAAAGGCUGGCACUAUAUGAUGCUGUUUGGGGAAAAUGUGUCUGAUCAUGUUUAAGUUUGAUCUUUUGCUUCUUGAAGGUCUGUAUUGGAUUCAUUAUUUAUUGAGGAUGAUUCUGAAAUGUUUUGUAAAAAGAAGAGAAUAAAGUUUGUGUUUUUUCCCUUCA